AACGGUUGAGGAUAACAGUGGAGCGGCUUUGGGGUUUAGGAGGGAAGGAAAAAAGGAAAGCAAAGAGGAAAAGCCCUCUCUCUUUCUCGUUUUGGGACUUGGUGAAGACUGAAAAGCCUCAGCUCUCUCUCUUUUUCUCUGCGUCGCCUGCUUAGAUCUGAUCUCCUCCUUUCCCGUAUCCCCUCCCGCCGCCGCGUUCCUACUCUCCGCCACGGUGGUGCUUACUCGAGCUCCGUCCGUCCGUCGACUUUCUGUCUGUCCUUUGUUCGUUAUUUUUUUUAAUUAAUUUCUUUCUUGUCGCAAAACCCCUCGCGCGGCUCCUUUUUUUUCACGUAUAUAUAAAUAUAUAAGUACCGCAAUAAACCCUAAGGAGGGUUUUCUGGUUUGACGGGCGCCGCACCUCUCCCGACUUCUCCACCUUAUCUACCGAUCUCUCCCGAUCUACCAGCGAGCCGGGAUUCUUGAUUCGGAUUCUUGGUUUCGUUCUCUCUCGCUUUUUGUUGGUGGAGGAGGAGCAGCAGCCACACCGCUAUAGCUAUGGCCGCUCCGUACCCGGGACCCGUCUCUGCUAUUCAGGUGGGGUCGUACUUUGUUGGUCAGUACUACCAAGUGCUUCAGCAGAAGCCCGAUCUCGUUUAUCAGUUCUACUCCGAAGCCAGUACCAUGAUCCGCGUAGAGGGAGAUGACAGCGAGACUGCCUCGACAAUGCUGCAUAUCCAUAAUAUUAUCAUGUCUCUGAAUUUCACUGCCAUAGAGAUCAAGACCAUCAAUUCUCUCGACUCUUGGAAUGGAGGUGUUAUGGUGAUGGUUUCUGGAUCCGUUAAAACCAAGGAAUUCAACGGCAGGAAGAAGUUUGUGCAGACUUUUUUCCUGGCUCCUCAGGACAAGGGUUAUUUCGUUCUCAAUGAUAUUUUCCAGUUCAUUGAUAGUGAAAUCAUCUACCAGCAGCAUCCUGUUUCUACUACACCUGAAAACAUCUACCAACAGCACUCAGCCCCUAGCACCGCUGAACACAUCUACCAGCAGCACUCAGCCCCUAGCACAACUGAACACAUCUACCACCAGCAUCCAGAUUCAGCGGCUCCUGAGUCAAUUUAUCAGCAACACAUAUCAGAGGAUACUUUUGAUCCUCAUCAAAGUGCUUCUGCUAGUCUCCUUGAGCACCCAGUGUCUGACUACGCCUUGGAGGAAGAAGCUAGAGAUUAUGUGAAUUCGGUUCACAUAGAAGAUACUCCAGUUGACAAGUACAGCAUUCCAGAACUUCAACAUCAAGACUUCGAGGAUGAUAUCCCUGUGGAUGAAACAGUUGAGGAGGAGACACCAUACCAGGGUGCUGUGGAAGUUGUGCACGAACCUUCAGCAUCUGCAGUGGAGGAAGCUGAGGGAGAACCACAAAAGAAAACUUAUGCAUCUAUUCUAAGAGUUGCCAAGGGGCCAUUUUCAUCAGUAGCUGCUCAGCAACCUGUUACUAAGAGUGCCCCAGCUUCUUCUGAUUGGAAUCAUGUGUCGGUGCCCAAUGCCCAGCAGUCAGGCGCAGGGUUGUCAGUUGUGCCCGAGGCUGCAAAUGAUAAAGCAGAUGACGGUUUGGAACUUGAUGAAGGUGAACCUAAAUCUGUUUAUGUGCGCAACUUGCCUUCUGAUAUUAGUGCUGCAGAAAUCGAACAGGAGUUCAGAAACUUUGGUAGAAUCAGGCCUGAUGGUGUCUUCGUCAGGAACCGAAAAGACGUAAUUGGUGUGUGUUAUGCUUUCGUCGAGUUUGAAGACCUUGCGAGUGUUCAAAACGCAAUAAAGUCAUCUCCCAUACAACUGGCUGGGAGACAAGUCUACAUCGAGGAACGGAGACCAACUGCUGGGGGCAUUGGCGCUCGUGGUGGAAGUAUGUAUUGUUUAUUAGUGUAUUCAAUUCCUGUCAUAUUUUGGUGAAUGACUGCAUCUAUGCCAAGUACGAUUAGGUGUUGGAGGUUGGCAGUAGACUGUAGAUAUAUACUUCUUUUAUUUGUGUUGUGACUUGUGACUGUACUAUAUUUGGGAAGACUAUUAGAGUGCAAAGCUUGUGACAGCAAUGGCAGGAACUGACUCUCCAUCUCUCUUGUCUGGUUGAUUUCUUAGGAGGAAGGGGAAGGGGCAGAGGUGGGUACCCAAUGACCGAUGCCCCGAGGGGCCGCUACGGUGGUGCUGGCGGCCGUGGUUUGGGCAGAGCAGGUACCCAAGAUGGCGAAUACAACAACAAUAGCAAUAGAUCAAGGGGCAAUGGUUACUCGCAGCGCGUGUCGCGAUGAACCGGAAGUGGGAUGAGAUGGGAUGGUUUGGCCUAGCUAGGAUCUGAAGCUCUGCUCUUGAGUUGCUCCGUUUCUUGAUUGGAACAGUUUGUUUCACAAUCAUAUACACCGGCUGAAACCCAUUUUUUUUUUUCUUGGUCUUGUCUUCUUGUCUUGGCGGAGGCUGUGGUGUAUGUGGUCAAUCUUUGUUUUUGUGGGAUUCCUUGGAAACACUUUUACUUGCUUUUAAUUAGUACCCCGAGUGUUGCUCUGUUUUUGGUUGAUGGCGGUGUUUGAGAUGCAUGAUAUUAUCUCCCCCUUUUGAGUACAAUUUUUUCAUUAAUCUAAUUCAAGUGGGAGAUUCUUUCUA